AUGGCGUCGGCCAAUCAUCGCGGCGGCCGUGGCGGCGGUGGGGCCGAUAUUGCCGGCACCGCGGCCGGCUUACAAAUUGGUUCCGCGUGGUUUCAGCGCAAGAUCAAUCUAAGGCCACAGCAUCGAGGUGUUCAUUUAGUCACAGAGGAAAUACUCAGACAGAUGCCAGAGCUGGCGCAUUUCUCUGUGGGAUUAUGUCAUAUGCAAAUACUUCACACUUCGGCGAGUUUAGCGUUAAACGAAAGCUGGGAUCCAGACGUCAGAGACGACAUGGAAAUGAUGUUGAAUAAAAUUGUUCCCGAAGGUUUACCCUACAGGCAUUCGUGCGAAGGCCCCGAUGAUAUGCCCGCGCACGUGAAGGCCUGCUUUCUUGGUAGUUCAUUGACAAUCCCCAUUACUGAUGGCAAACUAUCGCUGGGCACAUGGCAGGGCGUUUGGCUGUGCGAGCAUCGCGAUCAGGCCGGCUCGAGGAAACUGGUCAUCACACUGACGGGUUGUCCGCGCGAGCAGGCACGCAGUCCGCUGUCACCCGUCUCGCCGAUUGCGUCGACAUCCAGUUAGGGAAGGCCUCGCUCCACCCGCGACAGUCGGUAAUCGCGGGGGAGCGACAAUAAUGACAUCAUUUCGUCGAGGAGGUUAAUUUUACAAAAGAAUUUAGCUAAAGCAACAGCGCAGCAGAGAGCAGCGGCGGUCAUAGCGGCCGGACAUGGAGCGGGUGUCGCUUUGGGGUUACCCGCGGUACGUGCGCCGGACACGAAGACCGGACGUUUGCUGCUCCGACAGAAAUUGCAUUUGAAUCUGAAUUUGAAUGUAACGGAAACUUUAAAGGAUGGCGUUGAUAUUGAUGUUGAUGAAGAUGUCUAUGAUGAUGAUGAUGAUGACAAUGAUGAUAAUGACAAUGCUCAGGGCAGUGGGCGUGGUCGCAAUUAUGAUUAUAAUGAUGAUGAUGAUGUUGGUGAUAAUUUAGAAACCGUCACAACAGUGCCUCAACAACCUAAACAACAACUACAGCAACAAGAACAACAACAACUAAGACAUAAGUUCAACGCAGCAACAACAUCAGAAGCAUCAGCAGUUACAACAACAACAGCAACAACUACAGCAUCCAGAUCAUCUAUAGCAGCAGCAUCAAGCGCCUUGGCUAAAUUUAAUCGCAUCAUCGAUAGCACCACUGUGGAUCAGGCCAUGCAGCCGCCGACGCCGCCAACGCUGUGCAGCGCAACGCUGCAACAACGUCUGGCCAUGGCCUAUCCAGAGUUGAUGCCACAACAGCAACAACAACAACAGCAAGAUGUGCGCAAAAUUAACAACCUCACCCAUACAGGUCGCAGCGCCGCCGUCGCCGUGAGCACUCCAUUAACAUUGCAAGCACCGAACACAAAAGCGACGACGACCGCGCUGACAGCGCGCAGCUCGAAAAUGUCCCGCGGGGAAUACCAGGCAUUGUCAUUGUCACUGGAGGACAACAAUGCCGAGCAGGACGUGGAGGAUGCGACGAUUUUUGAGCGGCACGCUGACAACGACGACGAAGACGAUAAUCAAAUGAAACGAAAUGAUGUGCAUUAUUUGUUGAAACAGUUAAAUAGUUUUAGUGAUAUAGAAGAAAUAGAAAUUGUUGAUAUGAAGCAAAGACAGCAGCGACAUCGCGACAGCGACACCAAAACGAUAAAACGCACAAUGAAGGCGGCAACAGUUGCAGCAACAGCAGCAGCAGCUGCGGCAGUGGCAGUGGCAGUGGCAGCUCCACAGCAGCCACCACCACAUCAUGCCCAUGCCCAUGGCCAUGGCCAUAGCCAUGUCCAUGCACACAGUCAUUCGCCGACGACCAGUUCGCUGGUUCUGUUGGCUGGCGGGGGCUCACCCACAUCCACACAUUCGCACAAGGGUGGAGGUGGCUGUUUGCGCCGCUAUGCUUCGCUGCACCAACAGCAGCAGCAUCAGCAUUUGCAACAACAGCUGUUGCAUGCAACAGACUCAAGUGCCGCCAGCUCAGCGCGACUGCAGUUCGAUGAUUAUAUAUUUGAAUCCUGCCAUUAUUUGGAGACAAACUAUUUUGCCGCUACCUAUCGCACUGCCAUGGUCGAGAGCUGCUCGCAUGAGUUCCGGCCCUCGACCACAACGCCAACAACAACGACAACGCGCUCGGACACCUUCGAGCUGCACGAGGUCGAGCCGCCGAGCGUUAUCUGCAAGGCGGGCGCCCCAGGCCCGAUCCCGACCCCAACCCCGACCCAUAGAAUAAAGUCGCCACCGCCCCAAUACUUUCAAAUGCAAACACGCAUGACCAGCAGCGGGGUACAGACUGAGCUGACGGCCGAGUCGUUGGCCCAAUUGAGUCACAGCCAGAGUAGCAGCAGCAGCAGUGGAGGCGGUGCCACGCGUGCCCCGCCCUUCUUCAGAUGCUGCUACACGCCCAUUGAUCGCUGGCGUGAACGGCGACUGGUUGCCAAAAAGCAACAGCGUUCCGAGGCGCCAACGUCCAGUUCGACACAAAAUCCUCAGCCUCCUCAGCAUCAGCAGCAACCACAACAGCCACAUAAAAAUGGUGGCCAUGCUGUCUGACACUGGGCGGAUGGCUGGCUGGCUGGCUGAAGGGCAGGGGGUCGAAAAGGUCGGUAGCUGCAACUGAUUACCAUAAUGAAACAAACAAAAAAAAUAUAAUACUAUGUAAUGUUAUAGAAGUUAAUGAUGUGCCUGUUUUUUGGUCGCUGUUUCAUUUGCGAUAUCAACAAAGUAUUCCAUUUCGCAACAGACAUAUAAAAACAAAAACAAAAUUCACUUUAUUCAUAACAACAAUUUAUUAAUUUACAUAGGCCGUGUGAAGAGAAAGCAAAACCUAAUAAAUGAUUAAUAUUAAAUAAUGAAAACAAAUAUUGUACAAUUUAUAUGCUGGCAAGUUAGUAACAAUUUUUUAUACACUCAACAAAGUAUAACUAUUAAAGCAGAAAGCAAAUCAAGACGGGCUUACACACACACACAGACACACCUAUCCACAACCACACUCAUUCAUUUACACACACACACACACAGGCAGACAAACAUUUAACACUCAUAGCCUAACCCGUGCAAAGUAAAUCAUUUGCAAUUUGUAUAAUAAAUAAUAACUAACUACAAAAAAAAAAACAAACAAAUCAAACAAAACACAGCAACACGAAAACAAAUCAAUUUAAUAAUACAAAUAACUAUGGAGUGCGAAAGCAACGCAUUGAAUAAAAUUUGUAUGCCGCGCAAUAUGUUUAAAUAAUAAGCAUCAAGUAUAAUAAUAACAAUAAUAGUUAUGCAACAAAGAAAAAUGUUAAUGUUAAAAAUACUGCGAGGGGAGAAAUUCAAAAAAUACGAAAACAAUUCUUAGUGAGAACGAGAGAGAGCUUGUAUAGUAAGUUUAACGUUAUGAAUUAAACAAAUAAAUAAAAAUGCAUAAAAAACCAAUUGAAUUAACGAACAAAGCAUACGAAACCAGCCGAGGAAAUCAGCAAACAAAUCGAGACAUUUCCGCAUAAAAACCCAGCAUUUAUUUAAAGUUGAACACAAAAUAUUCGAAAUAAAUGGACAAACAUUUAGAAAAUUCGGUGAGAUAGUUCCAGCACCAAAACUUUACUAUUAAAAACCUUUUUGUUGAGUUACAAGCAGCAGUUUUAAAGAAAUCCGUGAAAUUUGAAAUACAAAUCAAACAAUAUUUUCCACAUCAGUUUUAAGUUUUCAAAAGUUCAAUCAAAGCCAAAAUUCGGAACUAUUAGAACAUGUUUUAAAAUUACAAAUCACGAUAAAUAUUUAUAUCUAAAUGUGAAUCAACAAUAGUUUCGAUGCAAUUCGAUUGGAUGUCCUGCCUAUAAAAAAAUAAAACUGUUUCAAAUCAUACAAAUCUUUAAGCAGUAGUCUCUUGAAAAGCUCCCAAAAAAAAAUCCUCACAGUUCAUAUGGUCGUAUGCUUUUGUAAAAAUAAUAUUAACUAAUAAUUAAUAGCAACAACAACAAAAAAGAGCAACAAUGUCAAGUUACGCAUAAAUUUUAAAGCAAGGCAAAUAGUAGUUAAAGCAAUUGUUAUACAUUUAAACCGCAAAUAAUGAUUUUUGUUACAAUAUGCUUCAAAUAUCUAAGUUGAAGUUUUUCUCCUUUUUGUAUAAAGUAUUUUAACAGCUACUUAUAGCUAAUAUGAAUGGUUUUACUCUGCAAUUUUGUUACAUGUAUAAUAAAGUUUUAAUUUGUUGUUUA